GUACGCCAACAAACACACAGUGCAUGCAACCGCGAUUCGACGUCGUCUUUGUCGCCGUAUCGAAGAAUGGCAGAACAAUGUAUCGUCAGCAUUGAAGACAGCAAGCAGCACCAAGCGCAGUCCGACUGCUCCCAUGACCUCGACAGUCAUCCUGCCAGUCCCCUAAGCCGUAUCGAAUCCCCCACGUGCGCCGACGCGACAGUGACCGCCACAUCGAACAGCGACGACGAGGAUCGGCUUUUGCUGCCUGAUGCUGGUGUUGUUGGGACCAGCCCUCCAAGGACUACUUGCGAUCAUCAUUCCACUCCAACAUCCGGUGUAACUCCACUUUCAUCCGGCUGCGAUGGGAACGAUGGCCCGAAGAAGCCCAUCUGGUUGUUCUCCUCGGUGGAGCAAGAUCGAAGGCACCUGACGCGCAUGGACAGCAAUGGCAGUGAUGAUGUCGAUGGUAGUCUGCAACAUGAGCGCCUUCUUCACCUGCAGCAACAGCAUCAGUGUCCAAUUCUCUUGGAGACUCCUACGCUAGAUCGCGCGGAUGACUGCGAUGGAACCGCGAGGGAACGGUGCAACGAUGUAAAUGCUAGAAACGGUGACAUGGAUGUGGGGAAAUGUGGAAAGCAAGUUAUUAUCAGCGACAAGUUGGCGUCAGCGAAACCAAAGCGCCUCAGCGAUGAGUUCUUUGCGGACGACGACGAUGACGAUGACGAUGAGGAAGAGGACGACGUGGAUGAGGACGAGGAUGGCAAUGGUUCCACUGCGAAAUCCGCUCAUCGGCCGAUGGCCGAUCAGGACGCGCUGGUGGAUAGCGAGGCACAGGCAAGCUUGAGCGAGAUAAAAAAUCUAAGCAUCACCUGCAACGGCAAACGAAAAGGGGCCAUCGAGGAGGCGGAUGACGAAGAAAAUGGCCAAAGUAUGCUCGACCGGGAAACUGAGCAGGAUGGUGAAUGUCGUGAUUCGUCCGGAUCGAAGGAUACAGCACCGUUGUCCACGUGCCGAGACGCGAGCGCAGGUUUGGCUGAACAGCUGAAGGGUGAAUCCGUGCGGAUGUUCGAUGACGCUAUCGAAGAAUUCCCAGGACAUCAGUACGAGCAGCACGACGAUGUCGCCGACGACGAGGAGCUUCUGCUGGACGAUGUGCAAUCGAUGGACGCGAUCGAGCGGCGUGAUUUCGAACAAGAGGGUGGCUUUUUGAUAAGAAACAGAUCACUGAUAUCUGGCGAUAGACUGAAUUUAGAAUUUUUAAAUACCCUUAAUCGUCCAUCGGCGAACGAGCGAUCGCAACAGGGGCAACAAACGGUUCCGACGGAGGAAGCCCCGACGGUCCCGAAGCCCUCGGAAGCGCCAACGUCGGUGACUUCCGCCACAUCCGCCGUCGAAGCUGUACCGUCUACUUCAUCCUCCGUCUCUCUUUGCUCCACCGCGCCAAUGGUGGCAAGCACGAGGAUGGUGAUUACGGAAGUACAGCAUACGACGACACCGACGAGCAGUAGAUAUCAGUACAAGCAAGAUCCUCACUAUCAUCCGCACCACCCUCGGGAUGGUAAAGCCGGUGGAAAGGUGCCCGUCAGCAGCACUGGUAGCAAUAGCUUUAGUAGUAGUUAUAGUAGGGAAACCGAGAACAAUAGUACAACCAAGUCCGCAGUUAAUAAGCUUACGAGAAACCUCUCCGCUAGUCUAGCUAAUUGCAACACGAAAAGGAUCGAAGGAACCGAGGAUGAAGCCACCGGCACUACGGCUGGUGGUACAUCUAACACGACGACACCUUUAUCAGCAUCGCUUGCCUCCUCAUCGUCCUCGUCCGUCUCCUCAUCCUGCUCCUCCUCGAGCUACUCUCUGUACUCAGCGUCCGCGGCAGCACCGGAAGAAGAGCACGCGCUCGCGGCGGCUGAUGCACCCUCGAUAGAGAAUUGCAAACCGGAACUUGCCGAAGCCUUUCUGAACGCGAACUCGAACGAUAGUGUGUCUUCGGAUAGAUCACUCUUUGCUGAAGGAGCCACCGAGGAAGAAACCUCAGAACCUGCAAUUGACGAGCAAACGAAGGAGGACAACACACAUCACGAUCCUUGCUGCUCCACAUCGUCAUCGGCUUCGUAUUCGUCGUCAUCCUCACCGUCUCCGUCACAGACUAUGACGAUGGCACCACAACCCAGCGAAGGAGUUUCGAUGAUGAUUUGCUCCUCGUCUGCACUGCCUCCUACUGCGUCACAUUCGGCCGCUUCGUCGAUAGCGUCUUCCAGCGAGGAAUCCACCACCGCGCAAGAUAAACCCUUAUCGUCAUCGGUCUGUUCUUCAACGCCGGACGAAGAUCUCCCGGUAGCGGAAGAAGAUGAUGACGACGAGGAGGAUAGCGGUAUGAAGGUGGAACCUGACGAACGUCCUUCAGCGGCGGUGCCUUCUAGCUGUGCUGGUGGCAACGGAGAUGGGGCCAACGGCACGCUAACCUUCAGCUGUGCUUUCCCCAAGGAGGACGGAAAGAAAACACUGCAACCGUCAACUUCAGCCGGCGAAAGAUCCCAGCAAGAGGAACCGGCUGGUGCGUCGAAAAGCCCUAGUAGCACAUCGGCAGGAUACCAAUCUCAGCACUCCCAACAUCACCAUCGACGUCAGCUUCAUCAUCAUCACCACCAUCGUGCCAGUGCACCCGGCGAAGGAACGAUCGGAACAUCGUCUGCAGCUUCCUCAUCAUCCCGCGUGACGUCGGCGUCCGCUUCUGCUUCUGGUACAGCCGGGAUGGCUUCAAGUCCGCCAGCAGCAGUAGCAAGAGAUGUGAAUCCUGCGCCAGAGGUUGUGGUAGCAUCCUAUCAUCAGCAACGCGAUGCUAGCACCAACACCUCCAACUCACCGGAAUCGAGCGAACCGGAAAUCGACGAAGAAGACUGGGCCGAUUGCGAGGAGGGUACUGACGAAGAGGUGUGUACCUGUCGGGACUACACCGAUGAGGAUGGGUUCGCCAGCAGCGAGGAUGAGCUGCCUUCGCGCGACGUAGAUCUGUCCAGCUAUACGCAUCUCGAUACGAUAUCGGAUGAUCUGCUACAUGACGCGCAAACACCAAGGCUUCAUCGGAAGCGGAAGCUGACAGAGAACCGCGCUCUCCUGUACGGUGAUAGCAGUAGUCCGGCAGCCGAAUCACUGAACUAUAGUAGCCGGAAACGCCUAGCGCUCGAGGGAACAACCGCUGCAGGAACAAUCUGCUCUACGGCCAGUUCUACUGGAUCAUCUGCCGCAGGACUCGUUGCGGGCACUGCUGCAGCAUCCUCUGCGACUGGAAUCGCGUCUUUGGUUGGUGGCGGAGUUAUCGCUUCAGCGAUUGGCACGACACCACGAUCUUCCCUGCGAAGCCCAUUGAAUAUUGCAACAACACCAACUUCAUCCACUUUGGGAGAGCGUAAGACACCUAGAACCAUUAUACCGACCAAAGAUAAUCCUCCUCCUGCGCUCCACGAUUGGUUGCUGCAGUUCCAGCGAUGGUCCAACGUUGAACGGUUGCGGGCGGUAGAUCGUUUGAUCGAACUCUGCGAACCGACCCAAGUGCGCCACAUGAUGAAGGUGAUCGAACCGCAGUUCCAACGUGACUUUAUCUCGCUCCUCCCGAAAGAACUGGCGCUGCUGGUUCUCUUUCACCUGGAACCGAGAGAUCUACUACGGGCGGCUCAAACUUGUCGUAGCUGGCGCUUCCUGGCCGAUGACAAUUUGUUGUGGAAGGAAAAAUGCAAGGAAGGUGGUAUCGGCAUCGAACCCUCAACCGAUCGUCCGAAGCGUGGCCGUACCGGCAAUAUGCCACCGAUCUCGUCACCGUGGAAGGCAGCCUACAUGCGCCAGCAUAUUAUCGAAAUGAACUGGCGAUCGCGACCCAUCCGGACGGCGAAGGUGUUGAAGGGCCACGACGACCACGUCAUCACGUGCCUUCAAUUCUGCGGCAAUCGCAUCGUGUCCGGAUCCGACGACAAUACGCUCAAAGUGUGGUCCGCCAUCACGGGGAAGUGCCUUCGAACGCUAACCGGUCAUACGGGUGGCGUGUGGUCAUCACAAAUGGCGGGCAACAUCAUCAUCUCCGGCAGUACGGAUCGAACACUGCGCGUCUGGAAAGCUGACACCGGACAGUGCAUGCAUAUACUGCAUGGUCACACCUCGACCGUACGCUGUAUGCAUUUGCACGGCAACAAAGUCGUCAGUGGAUCGCGUGAUGCAACGUUACGCGUUUGGGAUGUCAAUUUGGGUACGUGUCUGCAUAUGUUAGUUGGACACUUGGCCGCCGUCCGGUGCGUCCAAUAUGAUGGCAAGCUGAUCGUGUCCGGUGCGUACGACUACAUGGUGAAGGUAUGGAACCCCGAGCGCCAAGAAUGCCUGCACACUCUACAGGGACACACCAAUCGCGUCUACUCUCUCCAGUUUGAUGGCAUACACGUCGUGUCGGGUUCGCUGGAUACUUCGAUACGCGUGUGGGAUGCCGAGACGGGCUCCUGUAAACACGCACUGAUGGGACACCAGAGCCUUACGUCGGGUAUGGAACUGCGGCAGAACAUACUCGUCUCCGGUAAUGCCGAUUCCACUGUGAAAGUCUGGGAUAUCAUCACCGGGCAGUGUCUGCAGACACUCUCAGGACCCAACAAGCAUCAAUCGGCCGUAACCUGCCUGCAGUUUAAUUCCCGCUUUGUCAUCACCAGCUCAGACGACGGUACGGUGAAGCUGUGGGAUGUAAAAACUGGAGAGUUUAUCCGCAAUUUAGUGGCGCUAGAAUCAGGCGGUUCCGGUGGAGUAGUCUGGCGUAUACGCGCCAAUGAUACGAAGUUGAUAUGUGCAGUCGGUUCACGCAAUGGUACGGAGGAAACCAAACUGAUGGUACUCGAUUUCGACGUAGAAGGUGCCUGCUUAAAAUGCUCAUAA